GGGUCACCAUCCAAAUCUUCAUCUCUCUUCACUUGCAAAAAUUCUUGGAUGGUUGCCUUUGCAGGCACUAAUAGAUUCCAGUUCUGGAAGUUUUAGCUGGUUCAGGUUGUCGGGUUUCGGGAACAUUUUAGCAUCGAAGCUAGGAACUGCUUGAGGUUUCCGGGUGUUGAUCAAAUUUCGAUCUUGAUUUGGAAUUAGAAAGAUUUUGGGGGGUUGGUUGGGUUGUGACAGCCUAAUCAUAAGAAAUACCAGAAAUUUUUUGGCAAGACAAUGAUUCUGACCUCCAACGGGUGCACUCGGGGGAAGUCGCACUCGGUUCUUGCCAAGAAAUCCGUCGUCGAGAAAAGCUUCUACUUUUGGAUUUUCCAGAUCUUCAAUAGAUACAGUUUAGGCACUUAGCCGAAUAUUUCCGAGUCUUGUCUUUGAUACAGCUUUUCAGCUCUUGACCUCACGCAUUUUCUUCCUCUCUAGUGUUCUUUUUGGUAUUUCGCUUUCUUUGUAAAAAAAUCGGGUGGAUUGUGGAGUUGAGAUAUAAUGGCUAGUGCAUCGCUGCCGCCAGGAUUCCGCUUCCACCCCACGGAUGAAGAAUUGGUUGGAUAUUAUUUGAAAAGAAAAGUUGAGGGACACGAGUUCGAGCUCGAAGUGAUUCCCGUUGUCGAUUUGUACAAAUUCGAUCCUUGGGAGCUUCCAGAUAAAUCAUUUCUUCCCCAGCGAGACAUGGAAUGGUUCUUCUUCUGUCCACGGGACAGAAAGUACCCAAAUGGCUCACGAACAAAUCGGGCCACUAAAGCCGGCUAUUGGAAGGCCACAGGGAAAGACCGGAAGGUUGUCUGCCAGUCCUCUGUCACUGGUUAUAGAAAGACACUCGUCUUCUACCGUGGACGGGCCCCAUUAGGAGAUCGUACUGACUGGGUAAUGCACGAGUAUCGCCUCUGUGACGAUUCUUCCCAAGGAUCACAAAACUUUCAGGGGCCAUUUGCACUGUGCCGUAUUGUAAAAAGGAACGAGCUUUCUCAGAAGACGAGCGAUUGCCAUGGAGAACCAAAAAGCAAAAUAGUUGGAAACAGUUCGAGUAAUGGCGAUUGUGAGACAAUGGAAGUUUGCAGUGAGCCUUCAAGCAUGUCUGGCAACACUUAUUCUCAAGGAAGCUACCUGUAUAACGAAAGUUAUUAUCCUAGCCAUAUGCCGCCUCGACACGAAGUUACACCAACGGCAGAUUUGAAUCCCUACUUGACAGAGACCAAUCCUGGAAGCUGUUGGGUCUCACCUGAUAUGAUUCUUGACUCUUCAAAGGACUACUCACAAGGACAAUGCACGGUUCCUCAUAACUUCCAACACCAACAGUAUGAUUUUCCAAAUCCCAUGACUUCAUGGCAGCAAUAUGACCACAAGGAAAUUUCUCCCAGCUCAUCGUACUCAAAUUUAGCGGGCGAAGUCGAACUUCCUGACGAUCUCAAUCACUUCGGCUGUGUGUCACCGUACUCGGGACAUGGGAACUACAUGGAGUAUUAUGGGGAUAUACCAUAUGGAGGUUAUGACAACACUGGCUCGCUAAGUUAUCCAAAACCUUUCUGAGUAGAGGAGGGUACUGAGAAGAAAUGGACGGGUGAACUCAACGGUAGAUUGCAGAAACGAGGGUUGCACGAUGGUGUCCUGCCCUGAGCAUGACCAGCAAGUGAAAGCUGUUCACAUAGCUUUGCCUACCCUGUUAAAAGAAAAAAGAAUCUGAUCCGGGACAACGCCUUUUUAUGUUGAUUCUUGGAGUGGGAGAUAAGCUAGAGCAGCUAAAGCCCUUCCUCAUUACUCCAAAAAAGGUUCCAAAUGAAGAUUUUUGUUAUCUGGUGUUCUUUUUCAACUUCCAUUGUAAUGUCGUUUCAGUUUCCACUUUAUGGGGUUAAGCUUAGAGAGUAGUAGGCCUCCUGGUGGAAAUCACUUUUAUAGAUUGAACCAGAGGUUGUGGUUUACUUUGUACUUCAAGUUCCAUGUCUCAGAUAGUAACCGUAAGUGUUUGAAAUUCACUGUCCAUUCCCUGAUGCAAAAAGGAGU